AUGAUCAAUCAACAGUUUGACAUUAGCAAGCUGCGGCAAGAUGUGCUGCGGCAGGUCACUGCUUCACUGGCUGCCUUCAUCGGAUCUGUGAGCUACUCUGCUCACGGCCAUGAGGCCAUGAUGGCUAGAAGUGAGCAGGAGAAGAAGCGUGAGGCGGGCGUCGCGAUUGACAAGACCGAGAACGAGGGCCGGAGGGCUCUUUUUGAUCCAGAACGCCUAGCUGGCUCAGCGGAGCACGCCAACAGCAUCUGCCAACAAUAUGGCGUGAAGAUUCUGUCCAUCAACUUGAUCUCGGCCUCCCCUUCGGACCGUGGCCUUUUGGACGCCCUGAGCCAGGGAGCAGUUGCAACUGUUGCGGCAGAGCAGACCGAGACUGCAGCCAGAGGUGAAGCUCAGGCCUUGCUGCUGAAGGCGAAGGCAGAGGCGGAGGCAGCCAGGAUCAGGGCAGAGGGCGACGCCCGUGCAGAAGAGCUCCGCGCGGAGGGCUCCUUGAAGGCCGCUCAGCGGCUUCAAGACUCAGAGGUCGCCGUGGCGCUAGCCAAGCUGAAGACGGCAGGGACCUGCCUCAAGGAGGGCAAGGCCAACUCCUUCUUCUUUGGCCUGCAGGGGGCCACGGACAUCCCUGGAGGCAUGCUUGGCACAGCGGCCCUGGCUGCCGUGUCAAAGUGA